CAUUGAGGUACUAAACCAAAAAUGCAUGAAUGAUAUUCAGCCUUGCAAUCUUCUUACACUAUACCAGCCUUGAGUCGUUCCCACCAGCAACAAGAUGCAGAUUGCCGCUUUUCUAUCGGAUCUCAAAUCAUUGAGCGUUUGUUCCUACGAUGCCGCGAUUGCUUUGGUGAAACCAGCGAACAACACAUUCCGUACAUCUGGUGAGCCAUCAGAGCAAUCCAGCAAUGGCAAAGUGCCAUUAGUAAAUCAGCCAGCAUCAAAAAUAGCAGAUUCGGAUCCAGAUCUUCAGCGAGCGAAUGAGCUCGUCUCUUUGCAUUAUGAUGUCAAAGUCAAAUAUCUCCAGAAUGGACCUGAUCCGGAACUCUUACAAGCUCGAAAGGAAGUUGCAGAGGUUCUAUACGCCCUAGACAGAGCUUGAUUAAGGGCUACAAAGAACGCACAUCUAGGCAGCUGGUUUGUACAAUAACGAUGGAUUUGUGGGAACAAUAUCUCAACUCGUUAAGGAUGUAUCAACCUCCCUUGCCUCCUUGGAUA